CACGUUCACUUCAAUGCCCACCACCCACAAUCCACAUUCGAACUGAUGCAUUCUGUUUUGAUCCGCGUCUUAGUCUUGACUCGCCUCACUUGCACAUUGUGGUCAUCUUGCCUCGCGACUGUGCGACAUUGAUUCGGAGUUGUUUUCCUCCUGUUUGUGCCUAGUGCACGCCUUCAGUUUUGAAGAAUGGCUCCUCGCGUCCUCCACGUCGUCCUCCUUGUUUUGUCCCUCACUAUCCUGGCUGCAGCCUGGUCAAAGGAAGAUUACGAGAUCUUCAAAGUGCGGGAUGAACUCGAGAGUGCCGAAGGGCCAGAUGUCACUUUCUACGACUUCCUAGGGGUUCAGCCCUCGGCCACUGUCGACGAAAUCCUCAAGGCAUUCCGCAAAAAAUCCAGAGCCCUUCAUCCCGACAAAGUCGUCCACUCGUUCACCGCAGCCCGAUCGACAGGGAAACCUAGAAAACCAGGGGAAAAGAAAAAACCAGGAGUGCACGUUUCGUCGGGCCCAUCUGAGAGGGAGCUUCGGAAGUUCCUCAAACAAGCCAAUGAGAGGUAUACAAGACUAGGGGUGGUGCGCGACAUCCUCAAGGGCCCAGACCGAGAGAGAUAUGACUUUUUCAUGAGCCAUGGAUUUCCCACAUGGCGAGGCACCGGAUACUACUACUCAAGAUAUCGACCAGGUCUAGGAACCGUGUUGGUGGGCCUGUUUCUGUUCGGUGGUGGUGCUGCCCACUACUUUGUUUUGGUCACCAGUUACAAGAGACAACGAGAUUUUAUGGAAAGGUAUAUCAGGCACGCAAGAAAGACAGCAUGGGGUGACGAACUAGGAAUGGGGGGAAUUGCGGGUUUGGGACAGCCUGUGGAAAUGGCCCAGGUUGAUGAAGAGCCUGAUCCGGCAGCAAACUUAAACCGGAGACAGAAGCGAGAGUUGGAGAGACAAAACAAGAAAGAAGCAAAACCGGGCAAGAACAAGAGCUCAAAGCCAGCACCUAUCCAAUCUUCGACAGGAUCGAGGGACAAACGCCGAGUGACGGCGGAGAACGGCAAGACUCUGGUGGUGGACUCUGUAGGUAAUGUCUUUCUCGAGGAGGAGGAUGAAGAGGGCGAAGUACAAGAGUACCUUCUCGACCUGGACGAAAUUCAGCAACCAUCUUUCCGCGACACGGCGGUGGUCCGUUUGCCCGUGUAUUUGUGGCGAAAGGCCUUUGAUCCGUUUCUGAAAAGGACAGAUCCAGUGCCUAGUGAUGAAUUGUUUCAAGCCGAGGCAAAAUCGUCUGGUUCGGUGACACCAGACAUGAAGUCGAUGGCAGCACCGACGGAUCUGAGCUCGAGUCAAAUUUCUGACUCAGGGUUUGAGAUUGUUGACAAAGACACGGAAUUUGGCAAUACUUCAUCUGGAGUGAAGAAAAGGAGCAAGAAGGAAAAAAGUCGCAAAUAGCCAGACACCUUGAAAAAUGGGUCUACAGGCUACAGCCCAGAUGUAUGAUUUUGCAUUGGAUAGAAUCGGCAAUAGAAGAAUUGCUAGUGGCCAUCUGGCUGGUAUCA